UAAAAUCAUAACACAAUUGAUGGCAUAUGUUCACAUAUGACCUAUAUAAUACAAGCGUAUAAACUGCAUUAUGGGUCAUUAGUACUGGGGCCAUGAUGCUUUUUGUGCACGUGGCAGAUAAGACAAAAUAGCAUCAGACAACUGUAGUUAGGCAUAUAACCUGACCACAAAAAAUCCUCUUUCAUCUAAAGGUGCACUCAGUUCCAGGUGACAACAGAGGUUACACUGCCCACAAUGCACACUCCAGCCUCCAUGGUGAUGGGGAUUGUUUUUGCCCCUCUGGGAUUGGUUCUUGUCUUCACUGCUGCCAUCACCCCUCAGUGGAGAGAGGGGCAGGCACGCCUGGCCAUGGCAGGGCCUGGGCCGCCUCCUCGGUCAGGACUCAAGGGUCAGGGGCCGGGGAUCAGGCCCGGGUCUGUGGAGGCUCUGCUCCUCCUGCGUUCUGACGGACUGUGGGAGAGCUGCCUGCAGGUGGCGCAGUCUGAGCUGAAGCAGUGCUGGCCUGUGGCAGGCUCGUACCAGAGAGACCCACGGGUGCGCCUGGCACAGGGCUUGGUGCUAACCUCCUUGUUCCUGUGUGGCACCGGCAUCGUUCUGGCGUGUAUCGGGGUGCGCUGUUGGUCCGAUCUACCGCUGCGAGGUGUGGCGGCCACUGGUGGCCUCUUUGUAGUGCUGGCUGGGCUGCUGAGCCUGUCUGCCCUGGGGGUGUACACUCACAACCUUGGAAGACUGGGCAUGGAGCAUCCCGGGCAGCCAAUCAAUAACCCCAAGUUCCCCCACCUCAGCCUGCGUCCAGCUGGCUCGCUCUACUUUGGAUGGCUCGGUUCCUGUAUACAAGUGCUGGGAGGCAGUGCUCUGUUGCUCAGCUUCAAACGACCCAGAUGCCCCAGCUGCCCGUCCUGCCCGGAGCUGCCUGCUUGUCCCAUGUGUUGCUCCUGCCCUGAGAUUAACAACAGGCCAGAGACAGAGGUGUAUGAAGUCAGCUGUUAGAGCAUGAUUCUCAGAGACACAUAACACCUCUCAGAAAUGUGUCAGGAAAGGCUCAAAAUAGUGGACAAUGGUGAAGUUGUACCCAUUUGGAUGAGAAAAU